CUUCGACAUUCGGGGACCGUUCGAGUUUCGCCUGUCGUGUAUCGACAGUGGACGGUAUAUGUGAAUUUUAAUUUUGUAUUAUGUUGAGGGUGCAUAAAAUAAAUCUUAAUAAAAAUAAUAUAAAGUAACAAACCGCUCGUGAAGCGCAUUGUUAAGUGAGUGCAUAAAAGAAGUAACAAAUGAAUAAUUUUAAAUCGCCCCAGUACAGCCGCGACGAACUGCUAAGCUCACAAUCGUCAGAUGAGAAAAUGGACACGGGCUCGGAAUCCAUACAGGGCACGCCCAAUUCAAACUCGUCAGACUUCGAAGAUCGUGACGCGGAAGUCCUAAGACUUCAGAACCCAUACGUCCAGCGAUCAGACUCUCUAGACAACAGAGUACAAUCAGAACUGUCCGACAGCCUUCUGAAUAGAAUGUCCGAAUUAAACAUAAACGAGCCAGACAGUAGACCCAAAAACCUUAGAAUAAGCCCGCCAAAACUCAGUUCGACGUUAACGUUAACCACAAACCACCCCCUGAUGGGCUUAGGCAGUCCAGAUGACAACUACCCAGAUCUCAUACCGAAAAACAGUCACAAAAGGGAAGAAAAGGACCUGAGCCUGUCCAGCAUAGAAGGUGAUAGAACCGAUAUCAAUGGGUACGAAUUCUACAGCCCUCAAAGGAAUACGUCUAAAAGCAAUUUAUAUGUAUCGGACAAUUAUGUGACAGCUGAUAGCCAAAUAUUAACAGAUUCCUUGAACUGUUCCAAUGGGCCGAGGAGGAAAAUUAUACCGCGGCUAUCGGAGACGCCUGGUAAAGAGGGUGAGCUGGACAAUCGUGGCAUAUCCGGUGAUAGAGGGACAACACAGAGCACGCCGAAGUACAAAAUAGAUUUACCGGAGAGCGGGCGUUUUCAUUCUGGGGCGACCGAGUGGUGCGAUUCGCCAACCAAUCACCGUUCGAUGCCAAAUUUUGACUUACCCAUUGAAAUGUCCACUACCAUCGGAGUACAAAAUAAUCUCGAGUCACCAGAUCUCAUAUCAUCAACUCAAGAUGACAAGUCCGCGUAUCAAGCACUACUGGAUCCCUACACGGGGUCCGUGGCCCUUCGCCCCACGGUGCCCAGGAAUCCUGGAUCGCCCAGACGGAAGAUACAAGUGCCGCCAGACGAAGACAGUUGCAGUCUAGAUAGCGUGUCAGGUUGCUCCCUGGAGUCUGAAGAGGAACCACCUAUGCCUGAGCCGGUGGACUUCCCCAGCGAACAGGAGGAAUCGAAGAGAUCGAAAUCCACAGCCACGGCGAGCGAGUGCAGUGAUCCGAUACCGGAGUACUCAGCGGCGGAGGAGUUCCGCGAUGAGCGGUCGUGGCUUCACGUCCAGCACAGCGGGGGGCAGGCCACGUGCGACAUGAAGGUGAUAGAGCCGUUCAAGCGCGUGAUAUCGCACGGCGGCUACUGCGGCGACGGCGCCGCCAUCAUCGUGUUCAGCGCGUGCCACUUGCCGGACAACGGCCGCCCGGACUACCGCUACGUGAUGGACAAUCUGUUUUUAUACGUGAUCUGGAGCCUCGAGCGGCUGCUCAAUUCGUUUUCUAGGCUUCGCAAGAGUCUGAAGGAGCUGUAUCUGGUGCAUCCGACGUUCUGGUUGAAGUCUUUUGUCGUGAUCACCAAACCGUUUGUUAGUUCAAAAUUCUUCCGCAAAUUGAACUACGUGAAGAGCCUGAAGGAGCUAUUAGAGAAAGUGCCCGUGGAGCCGAACGCCAUACCGGAUAUAGUGAAGCACUUCGACGCGCACAGGCGAUAGAUGGCGCUGAUAUCAAUUCAAGCUUACACGCAACUUUGGAAGACUUUGAAUCACCCACCGCUAGAUGGCGCUCGAUCAAAUCACGAAACAUGGCCGGUAGGUGGCGCGCCAGUUAGUUAACUGCGAGUUUUGUGCACAGAUGGCGCUGUAAUAAAUAUCUUUGGCGCUAAGAAUACAUUCUAAUGCCAGUAAUAAAAUGAUC